GUAUUUAAGUUGAAGAUUAUUUGAGUGAAUCGUAGCAUUGAAUGUCAGAAUGGAACAGAAAAAUAUUGCAAAUAUGCAUUUGUUGUGACUACUUUUGCAUGCAUGAAGUGUCAUAACUGGAAUAGUGGAGAGAGGCAAAGAAUUGACGCCAGUUCUCAAAAUAUUGAUAGUGUAAUCUUAUUUAUUAAAGUCAACUAGAAGAUUGUUUCAUUUCAUUUUCAAAAAGCACACACAUCGACACAUUCCAAUGUAUUUGCUCUAAUCAAAAUUCAAAUCAAUGAUGUCCGCCCAUAAAAGAAGAGAGGAUCCAAGUAAAAAAUCAAAAAUCUCGUAAAAUUGAGAAGGAAAGCAAAGUUAUUAUAAAAUACAGUGAGUAUUUAAAUAGCAAGUCAAUACGAAUUAAACUUGAAGUGAGUUUUCUCCCUUGAAAAUCAGCGAUUUCAUAAUAUAAAUGAAAUGAAGUACUUUUUUGUGUUGCUAUUUUUGUGCGUUGCAUUGAGAAAUGCACGUUCCGAUACUGGUUUAGAUCAACAGCUGUUUAGUGCCGUUAGAGCAGGUAACACAGACACAAUUAAGUAUCUGAUUGAACAUGGGGCAAAUGUAAAUUCUGAAGACAACGAGAAACGUAAACCUCUUCAUUACGCCGCUGAGAAUGGUAAUCUAGAAGCAACAAAAUAUCUAGUCGAACAUGGGGCAGAUGUAAAUCCUGGAGACAGCGUGGGAGGAAAUCCUCUCCACCGUGCUGCCAAAAAUGGUAAUCUAGAAACAAUAAAAUAUCUCGUCGAACAUGGAGCCGAUCAAAAAGCCACGGGAUCGUAUGCAUAUCUACCUAUUCACUAUGCUGCUCGGAACGGCAAUUUCGAAGCACUAAAAUAUCUGGCAGAACAUGGAAGUGAUAUAAAUACUGCAGAAACAGAUCUAUACACAACUCUUCACCUUGGUGUUCAGAGCGAUAAUCUGGAAAUAAUAAAAUAUCUAGUCGACCAUGGUACCGAUUUAAAUGCCAAAAAUGUAUAUGAGGUUCCACCUCUCCACUAUGCUAUAAAAAAUUGUAAUAUAGAAGCAAUAAAGUAUCUUGUCGACCAUGGAGCCAAUGUAAAUUCUGAAAACAAUAGUAAAGUAACACUGCUACAUGAUGCCGCUCAGAUUGGUAAUAUAGAUGUAAUCAAAUAUCUGGUCGAACAUGGGGCCAAUGUAAUGGCCAAAAAUCGUACUCGAUCGACACCGCUAAACUACGCUGCUGAAAAUGGCAACGCAAAAGCAGUCGAAUAUCUAGUUGAACAGGGAGCCGAUGUAAAUGUUAUAGUUGGUAGCGAAGGAACGCUCCUCCACUACGCUGCGAAGAAUGGACACAUUAAGGCAAUCAAAAUUCUAAUCGAUCAUAGGGCCAACGUGAAUGCGAAAAACAAUAAUAAUUCAUCGCCUCUUCACUAUGCUGUUCAGAAUGGCAGCAUUGAAGCAAUAAAGUAUUUAAUCGACCAUAGAGCCAACGUGAAUGCAGAAAACAACGAAAAUGUAACACCUCUCCACUUUGCUGCUAAAAAAGGUCAAAUGGAAACAAUUAAAAUUCUAAAUGAACAUGCAGCCGAUUUAAAUGUUGAAGAUAACAAAAAAAGAACACCGCUCCACUGGGCUGCUGAAUAUGGUCACGCAGAAGCAAUAAAAUAUCUUGUAGAAAAUGGUGCAAAUGUAAAUGCAAGGGAUGAGACGGAAGUAACCACACUCCAUUACUCUGCCAAAAAUGGUAAUUUAGAAUCAGUCAAAUAUAUAGCCGAACGAGGAGUCAAUAUAAAUUCUCGUGACGAUCUCGAAGCUACACCGCUACAUUGGGCCGCUGAGAAUGGUAAUUUGGAAGCAAUCAAAUACCUAGUCGAACAUGGGGCCACUGAAAAUGCCGAAAGAUCAUUUGAUUACACGCCACUAUUCUUCGCUGUGAUGAAUGGUAAUCUAGAAGCAAUAAAAUAUCUAGUCGAACAUGGAGCCAACGUAAAUGCUGAAAACAGUGUCCAAAGUAGACCACUUCACCGGGCUGUAGAGAAUGGUAAUUUGGAAGCAGUCAAAUACCUGGUUGAACAUGGAGCAAGUAUAAGUGCCGUAGAUAGUAAUCAACGAAAUACAGCCCUUCAUUUGGCUGCGACUAAAGGUUACACAGAUGUUGUCAAAUAUCUCAUUGAACGUCGGGCCAAUUUAAGUGUCAGGGCCUAUGAGGAAGCGACGCCGCUUCACCGAGCUGCAAAGUAUGGUCACACAGAAGUGGUGAAAAUUCUAAUUGAAAAUGGUGGGAAUGUGAAUGUCACAGACUUUGCAGAAAGGACACCACUUUUUGUUGCGACUGAGUGGGAUCGAACAGAAACCAUAAAAUGUCUAAUUGAACGUGGUGCCAAUGUAAAUGCUGAAGACAGUGACCACCGGAUACCACUACAUCGAGCUGCUUUGCUUGGUUACAUAGAAACCAUUAAAACUCUAAUUGAACAUGGCGCUUAUAUAAAUGCCAAAGACAACACGGGAGCGACCCCACUUCACGAUUCUGCUAUUUCAGGUGACACAGAAACAAUCAAAACUCUAGUUGAAAAUGGGGCCAAUCCAAAUGCCGAAGACAACCAGAUGAAAAAGCCCAUUCACAUUGCCAUACAGUAUGAUCGUAGAGAUGCGGUCAAGUUGCUGAGAAAAGCACCAAACUUUAUUUCCGACUCGCAAAUAGCUUGCAUGAAAUAUUCAAAUAAUGAUGUAAAUGUACGAAUUACGCAUGGUUCGCCUGUCAAUGUCGUGCAGUUUCCUUGGAUGGUUGCAUUAUUCUACACAAGUCGAAGCAGCAAUGAAAACAAGAUAGGCUGUGGCGGCACUAUCAUAUCCGAGCGUUAUAUUAUGACUGCGGCUCAUUGUGUACAUGAGUCCAAUAGACCGUCUCAAGUUCGAGCUGGAAAACUAACUGUUAAUGAUGAUGAUGGAUUGCCAGGUGAAAUAUAUCUAAUUCAGGAUAUCAAGAGACAUCCAGAUUACAAUCCACUAACGAAGAAAAAUGACAUUGCAUUGAUUCGAACUGAAACGAAAAUUCUGUUUAAUGAUGACGUUACAGCAGCAUGCGUGCACACCAUUGAGGAGGAUGUUGACUCUGAACUGAUCGUUAUCGGUUGGGGUAUCACUGUCAUUGGAGGGCCCAAUUCAAAUCAGUUGCUCAAGACGAACCUAACAUCCGUACCAUUGCUCAAAUGUAAUUCAACCAUUUUGGAGUGGAAUAAACAAUCAAAUGUUAGGGAGUUUCAAAAUGGCAUCAACGAAGGACAAUACUGUGCAUAUGACCCAGAAGCAAGAAGAGAUUCUUGCCAUGGAGAUAGUGGCGGUCCUCUCCAGUAUUUCCCAACCAGUAAUUCAAGCAGAGCAACUGUAGUUGGCAUUGUUUCUUUUGGUGUAAAUUGCGCAACCACAUUACCAAGCAUCUAUACUCGUGUGGCCUACUAUAUUGAUUGGAUUGAAUCCAUCGUUUGGCCACUACAAAGAAAUUCUUAUUAAUAUGUUCAUGUUUAUAACAUUUUUCGAAUGAAAUGAUUACAUUAAAAUGUGUAAUGAACACAGUUCCUCUUAUUGUAUACCGUCUAAAUAAAUAAAAAAAAUGUAAAAGUAUCGACAGAUAACCUGUA